GCGCUUGCCCGGUUGGAAGAAAUUGGUAACAUUCACGCAGUGACACAGCAGGAGAGAGAUCAACUUACCCAGGAGAAAGAUACUUUGCAAAGCCGUCUGCAUGAUACGCAGUCAGCGCUUGAAGAUUGUAAGGAAUACAUUGCGACUUUACAGAAAAAGGCCAGAGAAGACAAACGGAAUCGCGCGAAGGCGGCAAUCGAACUGAGUCAAAACAUUGCUUUGGAACGGGAAAACCUUGUUCGUCAGCUUGACAGCUUGAGCAGACUUGUUAAUCGUAAACUACUGGAUGAUCGCGAAGAGCGAAAUCACCGCCGAGUAAGUGGAACUGUGCAGUCCACCAGCAUCAUCAGGGAGGGAGAAACAAUUCCACUGCCUCUAACCCAUCCGGAAGAACCUGGGAAAGACAGAAUGGUUACUUGCCGUAUCACACACGAUCACGGUCUCGUAUGCGAAGCGGAGUUUGGGAAGACGGAUUCGCGUUCAAUGGGUUCAACUGGGAUUUCGAAAGCAAGACGAGGUUCCAUUAUGGCAGCUUAUUUUGGACCUGUUGUGUUCACCAAGUUUGUCGCCAAACUGUCACGACGCGCUCAGACGGAGAAAGCACAUGUGCGGAGAGUGACGCAUCCCCAAGGUCACAAUCGGUACGACACGUCCGGAAAGCAGCUAAAAUAUUACUAUGCGCUUCCGGUCUUGUUAUUUUCCAAUAGCCUAUCGCGACGUGGAUCUUCCGAAAAUGACUUAACAGGUAUCAUGGAGGGGGUUGAAUCGGAUAACGAAGAAGUGUUUAAAACAGUUCGAUGGAGCAGCGUUCAAGGCCCAUUUGGUUCAAUGGACGAGGCUAAGGUUGAAACAGUACUACCGGGAUUGGCUGCUGUUGAUCAACUUUCAUUUAGAUCCGAUGACGGCGCUGUAUCCGUCCAUUAUUCCAUUCUUUUAUUACCGAAUUAUAGGUUUCGCGGCCUGACACGACAAUACUACCGCCGAGCUGACGCUGUCAUCCUUGUCUAUGACGUCACCAAUAUACAGAGUUUUUUGUCCGUGCGCAAAUGGGUACAAGAGGUUCGGGACAACACUGAUGAGUACACAGUGCUCAUGAUACUGUCGAACAAAAUUGACUUAUUACCCGAGGUUUCCUCAGACCAGUAUCCUACCAAGAACGACCUGGAUGCUCUUUGCACAGAAAACGGUGCGAUCGGAUUUGAAGUUAGCGCAGCUUUGGGUCAGAAUAUUGAACUCGCAUUCAACGACCUAACAAAGUAA